UGUAGCUUCUCAGAAGGGUGUAUGGACAUAAUGGUGUAUAUAUACCUGACUGUGAUCGCGUGCUUUUGAUCUUGCUGGCCUAGAGCUCACUGUGUAGCCCAGGCUUGCGUUAAACUUGCAGCUUCCUCGCAGAGCAUGGUGGCACACAGCUUUAAUCCAGCACUUGGGAUGCAGAAGCAGGGACAGACACAUCCAGAAAUCAAUAUAUCGUGAAACUCCUUUCAGUUCAACAGUUUUUAGGUGUAACUCAGCAAGACAACUGAUGGAGUCCCCCAGGGCACAUCAGAUACCGGACUGGCCGACCCCCUAGGGUUGGGGUAGCCCUUGCCCCUCAGUAUGGCCAACACCACCGGAGAGCCUGAGGAGGUGAGCGGCGCACUGUCCCUGCCAUCAGCAUCGGCUUACGUGAAGCUGGUGCUGCUGGGACUGAUCAUGUGUGUAAGCCUGGCAGGCAAUGCCAUCUUGUCCCUGCUGGUGCUCAAGGAGCGUGCCUUGCACAAGGCUCCUUACUACUUUCUGCUGGACCUGUGCCUAGCUGAUGGCAUACGCUCUGCCAUCUGCUUCCCCUUUGUACUGGCUUCUGUGCGCCAUGGCUCCUCAUGGACCUUCAGUGCACUCAGUUGUAAGAUUGUGGCCUUCAUGGCUGUGCUCUUUUGCUUCCAUGCGGCCUUCAUGCUGUUCUGCAUCAGCGUCACCCGCUACAUGGCCAUCGCCCACCACCGCUUCUAUGCCAAGCGCAUGACACUCUGGACAUGCGCAGCUGUCAUCUGCAUGGCCUGGACCUUGUCUGUGGCCAUGGCUUUCCCACCUGUCUUUGAUGUGGGCACCUACAAGUUUAUCAGAGAGGAAGACCAGUGCAUCUUUGAGCAUCGCUACUUCAAAGCAAAUGACACACUGGGCUUUAUGCUUAUGUUGGCUGUGCUCAUGGCAGCCACACAUGCUGUCUAUGGCAAGCUGCUACUCUUCGAGUACCGUCACCGCAAGAUGAAGCCAGUGCAGAUGGUGCCAGCCAUCAGCCAAAACUGGACAUUCCAUGGCCCUGGGGCUACCGGCCAGGCUGCUGCCAACUGGAUCGCUGGCUUUGGCCGUGGGCCCAUGCCACCAACUCUGCUGGGUAUCCGGCAGAAUGGGCAUGCAGCUAGCCGGCGGCUACUGGGCAUGGACGAGGUCAAGGGUGAAAAGCAGUUGGGCCGAAUGUUCUACGCGAUUACACUGCUCUUCCUGCUCCUCUGGUCGCCAUACAUCGUGGCCUGCUACUGGCGAGUGUUUGUGAAAGCCUGCGCUGUGCCCCACCGCUACCUGGCCACUGCUGUUUGGAUGAGCUUCGCCCAGGCUGCCGUCAACCCAAUCGUCUGCUUCCUGCUUAACAAGGACCUCAAGAAGUGCCUGAGGACUCAUGCCCCUUGCUGGGGCACAGGGGGUGCCCCAGCUCCCAGGGAACCCUACUGUGUCAUGUGAAGCAAGCCAGUAGGUGAUAGGCAGGGGGAAAGUUGUGAUCACCAUACUGGGGCCAACAGCAGGGGAAGAGUGGGACCCACACAGAAGCCUUCUUUUUUAAGCUUCAGCCCAGGCUCUCAAACCAUCCAUAACUGAGGCAUUUUGCAAACACCUCCCUAGGGGUGGAAACUGGGUGAGGAAUUGGGAAAGAGGCAUUUCUAGUUUUGUGGGGCUUGUCCCACAGCCUCCUCCACUUCUACAAUCUCUUUCCCAUGCCUCCCUGCCUCCUUAUCCUUCUCCCUUCUCCUCUUUCUAAAGUGAGUAGUUCAGUAAAACAAACAAACUGAAAAUGCAGGGUUUUUAAUAACAAGAGCUGAGGAAACAAGCUUUCUUGCUUAAAAGUCACCCCCCCUUUUGACAUUGUCAAGAAAUGGAAGUUUUCUCCUGUAAAAUAGAUUUCCAGAGAUCUUAUUGCCCCCCGGGUUCCCAUUCACCCUCCCCUUCAGAGUCCCUUAGCAAGACUUGGAUGUUUAGGAAAUACUGACUUAAGGCUUCACACAAGAGGGACCAAAUGGGGUCCUGCCCUCCUGGGGAGCAAGGACGUUUAAAUUGCUACGUUGUGUGCAAUGUUGUUUUUGGCUUAACCUUGAUCCCAAGCCUGGUCUCCUUAUCCCUCCCUAUCGUGUCCAGACUUUGCUGGUGUUUCUGGAGGCUCUGUUUGAGAAGCCAAGAGCGUACAAAGAAGGGCCUCCAUGAUGUGCCCAGGCUAGAUGAAGAGUCAAAUGGUAGAUGAGCUCCUCAACCAAAAUCCAAAUUUAGCUACACUCUCUCGAGCUUUCUCUUGGAUCCCCACCCUUUCUUCCUAGGACUAUGCAUUCUGCUUGUCCCCACCAGGGAUGAUGUGGAUACAUGCCGGCGGGGAAGUCACCCAUGGAAGUAGAGGGAGAUGGUUGAACUCCCCAGAGUGGCUGGAUUCCAGAGCCUGGGGUCAGAGCUAAAUUCAACCCCACAAUUGUUUCUUGGGCUCACACUAUUCUUCUGGAAACAAAACUUCUUUGGGAGCCUUGGUAACCAAUAGUGAUACAAACUUCAAGGUACCCGGGAAUUGGGUCCAAUCCUGCCUGACCUCUUUUUGUCCCUUCUAGAUCUCCCAGGCCUUGAGCCCCUUCCUUAGCUGUCCUUCCAUGCCACAAACAUCCUUCCCUGUAGUUUUCCCUCCCUCCACCCUUACCUAUACCCAAAGUGGAGCAAACUAUACCCAAUUCCACAGGUGGAAGGUCCCAAGCCUCUUUUCCACAGACAGAGACCACCCUGGACUUAGUGACUUCAAGGCCAGUUCCAUAGACUGGUGAGCCAAGCUGGAACUCUGCCUAAGUUUGGGGCUGUGAUCUCCUCAUCCCCUUUCUUUCCUUAGAAACUCCUAUCCUAAACUCCAACCCUACCCCCAAGAUAGCCCGUGAACUGAGGAAGCUUUGACCCAAAAGCAAUGAAGGAGGUGCUCUAGACAGAAAAGAUAUUGGUGACCCUGGCUGUGGAGAGGCCCUGGAAAAGCAGGCCAGAGUAGCUGAGAGGCUGGAAAUGUGUUGUGGGUGGGGCUGUACUCUCAGUGAUGAUGACAGGAAUGCCUUUCUGAGGGCAGGGGUGGAAAGAGCAAGGUGGGAGGGCACAUAGGGUAGAUUCAGGAGGCUUUUCCUCCAUUUCCUUUUUCUAACUGCCUGGCUUCAUCAUUGGAUUUUGUAAAUGGAAAAACUGAAAUGAACAAUGUUAUAUUGGAUGUUUUCUCUUUCUCUCUCUCUCCCUCUCUUUCCCUUCCUCCUCCCCCCCCCCUCUCUCUCGUGUGUCUAUGUGUCUGUGUCUGUGUGUCCUAUCUGUGUAUGAUCACGUGUGGGGAGGUAUGAUUAAGUGAGACAGUAUGUGUCUGUGUGACUUUGUGUGAAUAGGAAACCCUGAGGAAAACUUGCCUGCUACACAUAUAUAAGCAAAUACCUAUAUGUGAGGAAAUAGAGUACACACACGUGUACACACAUACACACAGAGAGACACAGGAAGAGAGGAGACACAGGAAGGAGAGGAGACAAAACUUAGUAUGUGCCUGCAGCAGGAAAUAGAGUGCUUAGGAAAUGAACCUGAAAAGUUUUAUGUAUGUAUGUGUCAAGAGGGUCAACUCCCAUCUCAUAAGAUUGCCUUCCCUUGGCCCAGCUUCUGAGCACCAGGUGAGGAGAGAAUAGUUUAGAACCUCAUCUCUUCCGAAUGUCUGGAGAUUUAGCCCCCACCCCAAAAUUCAAAUAAGGUAUUUCUGAAAUUGGACCACCAUGGAAAUAGGAACUGGGAAUGGGGGUGUCAAACAUGGAGGUAAUGAGGUUAAGAGAUGGUCCCCUGCAAUGUAAUGGCUUUUAGAGGAACUGCUCCUGAACUGGGAGUUCUUCUUAAGGUUCCACUGUAUCCAGCUGGGACUUUGUUCAGCUUUGACUAAAUUCAGAAGGAAGGAUGACAUGGCGAAAAAGCCCAAGUCUGGAGGUCUACCCAGCUGGCCUACUCCCUAGGCGCUCAAUUCAUUUACUAUUUAUUUAUUUAUUCCUUCAGUUGCACAGAAUUGAGCUGACCAUAUUCCUCAAUUCUCGGCGCACUAUAUCAUCAUCGGUCCAUGCAAGGUCCUUUUAUUAUUGUUUGUCCCCUUCAUCACCCAUCCCCGAUCCCAUCUUUCCCCACCCCACACAGGCACCACUCUUCUGUACUUAACGUGUGUCCUUCCAAACCACCGUUCAUGCGUUUAUUUACUUAGGUGUAUCUGUGGAAAAUAUAUGGUAUCGAUGUUUUAAUUUACAUAAACAGUAUUGUAC